GGGAAACUUCGAAUAAGGAAAACCAAACCCAGUGGUUCAACUCCAAACAAUUGGCACCUUAUUUAGUUUAUGUUUUUGUUUUUGACCCUAGAAAGAUUUUCUUCAAGCCCACAAAUGGAGGAGGUUAGGGCUACCACAGCCUGGGUCGCUGCUCACUCUUCCCACGUCACCGUCGACUCCUCAGGCAUUGAGAAAGUAGCGGAAACUAUGAAAGAUUCGAUUCCUAAGGUGGAAUGGGAUUUCGAAGGAAUUCAUUAUUUUGAUAAUGGGCCGCUUACUGUUCAGUAUUUGCUUGUAUUGGAUACAUUGAAUUUCUGUUUCUGGCCAGACAAGGAUCUAAAUUAUGAUCAUUUGGCUAUGGGACUAAAGGCUGCUCUUCAAAAUGACGAGUGCGCAUUUGAUGCUGAUCGUCUACAAAAUUAUACUGGUCCCCAAUUACGUGAAUUGGUGAAAUGGCCUCGGCCACUUCCUCUGGAAGAUGAACGAAUCCGCUUAAUUCAUGAGGUUGGGUUUGAGCUGGAGAGAAGCUUUGAUGGGAAGGCAUCCAAUCUUGUGGAGUCAUGUAGCAAAUCAGCUGUAAAGCUUGUCGCUCUUAUUACUCGUCACUUUCCUGGGUUUCGAGAUCACACAGUGUACAAAGGGCACCAGGUUUUCUUGUAUAAAAGAGCUCAGAUAUUUGCCGCAGAUUUAUGGGGUGCGUUUAAGGGUCAAGAAUAUGGCGAAUUCAAUGACAUAGGUUCAAUUACCAUAUUUGCGGACUACAUAGUCCCAGCAGUGCUUCACCAGCUUGGAGUACUUAGAUAUAGUUCAGCUUUGGCAACCAUUAUUGAGACAAACAGUGAAAUUGUUUCGGGCAGUGAGGAGGAAGUGGAACUGCGAGCGUGCUCAGUAUAUGCUGUGGAGAAAAUGAGGGAGUUGAUCAGUAAAAAAUCAGGAAAGCAGGUGUUGAGUGUGGAACUGGAUCUUUGGUUGUGGUCUUUUGGCAUCCAAUGCCCAUAUCUCCAACACCAUCGGACACUCUCUAUAUAUUACUGAGCGGAUCAUAUGCUGCUAGUAGCUUCUGUCAGGAGAGAAGAAUGACAUUUUGGAAAUUUUGAGGUAGUUUAGUUGGACAGAUUACACAAUCAAUAUAUGAGAGAA